GAUGGCAAAAGGCCGGUUAGUUGGGCAUUGAAUGCCAGGGUGUGAGGACCCGUUGUCCUUUGCUGUUGUCUUCCUGUGUCAGUGACCCAGUGUGGUGAAUGGGAAGAGGAAAGGCGUUUCUGUGGGUACAUUUUUUGUGGGUCUCGAAAGUUUCUGCUUGGUGUGUCAAAGCAAAUGAUGGGAACACUCUAACCUCCAAAUCAAUUAUGGACUCUCGACGAGAGAAGUUGAGAUGACCCCCCUUCAUUCCCAUUGGAUUGGAUGUUUUUCUGGAAAACAUGGACCAGUCACAGAUCCAUUAUCGCUUGUUCGAUGAUCCACACAAGAUCCGCCAUACAUCGUCACCCUAUCAAAACCAGGUUCUCCUACCUAAAACCGCCCAAUCGCGUGACCACCGUGUCCAUCAUCUCACCACGGCCUCAUCUCAAGUCAGAGGAGAAACGGAUGAGCAGUCAAGGACCAAAUUGAAGACUCAUCGAAAACUAUCAGAACAGACCAGGGAACGCCUCUUGGCCUCUUCGACAUCCCCUGUGACCUCUACUACAGUAACAAGUUUAAAAAGUGACCGACAAAGAAGAUUGUCUGGGCGUGACAAUCCGGGUUUCUACUCUGGUUAUCAAAGCAAACAUGAGUACUCAAUCAACAACUCUAGUUUGUCACAACCCCUCGCACCAACCAUGUGGAAAACAAGCUCUCCCAAGGGCCAUUACAAUGUCAUCGGAUAUGGCCGAUCCAAAAACAUAUCUGGGUCCGACCUUAAUGGCUCCGAAGCUAUUGAAUCGUCCGAGGCCGGCGGCUUUCCCAUCAACCACAUUCGGAGCGCCACCAGUCUGGAAUCCUUGGAUUCAAUUUCCAACUCAAUACAACAAGCCCGAGCUCAAAGUCUGAUGAGGAAGAGGGAGAGCUUGAAGAAUGGCGACUCAAACAUUGAGAAGCAGUCAUGGCGGAGCCUUUUGGGAGAUGACAGAGGAGCCCAAGUCCACUCGUCAAAUUCGAUGCAAGACUCUUCCAGUCAAAGAGGAUAUGAGUACUUGAGCAAUCAAUUACGCCAAAGUUGCAACGCCGAUUACUCUCAACGAACCUUCCCGUUAAGGAAGUCAACUUUCCGCCAUCCAGCAUUGGAUAAUGUGGGAGGAAGUACUUCAGAUAUUGGAUCUCAUUUCGGCCCUGGCAUCUUCCAAGAAGGGCCCCAACUUCAAGGCUUGGCUUUGCCCAAUGGACCAUCGUUCGUUUCCACUGGGAAAGUUUGUAGUAGUAGUACAACAGCUGUUGUCUCACCACCACCACCAACUCUGUCUUCAAUGGAUUUUGCCAGACUCCAACGAGAAUUGCAGGAAGAAAGGGAGAAAGUACUGCAACUCACCAGCCAGCUUUCAACCAAUACCCACGUGGUGUCAGCCUUCGAACAUUCGCUUUCGAACAUGACAACUCGCUUGGCCAAAUUGACGAAUGAGUCGGAACAAAAGGACAGGGAGCUCUGGAAUCUCCGUCAGGAGAUCCUAUCUAAUCAUCAAAGUCAGCCUUUUGAUUAUUGUUCCAAUGGUGGAAUGAGAUGGAAAUCGGAUGACAACGUCCUAAGCACUUCCAACUCUGAAACCAGUGGCUUUCAAUCCCAAUUCAAUGUGAUCAACCGGAAACACUCUAAAAGUGGGAAGAAGAACACUUGGUUCCGAUCAUCUCUGAACAAAGCGUUUCGAGUCCGACGAUCUUCGCAAUCAAACUCAAAUAUAUGUGAUUCCAAUUCCGACUUGACCACUUCCAAUGGUUACAACAGCGCAGAUGAGACACAAGAGAGAAGUCGGCUUUCCAAUUCUCAAGCACCAAAUCUGAUGUCGAAUCAGCGAAGCAUUUCCGUUUCGGCACUGGAUGGCGUGACUGUGGAUGAAAUGCAGAGGCAACUGUUGGCCAAAGAUGAUUUGCUUACCGAGACUCGUUUGGAGGCCUUGAGCUCGGCAUCACAACUUCAGUCUCUACGUGAGUCUGUGGCGAAGAUGCGUCAAGAACUUCAAUACGUGAAAUGUGAGAAUGAGGACUUGAAGCAUCAGUUAAUGAGCACUACCAAACAAGCUUCUCGGCAUUCGGGCCAUCGGCCUCGGAGUUCCCUGAUUUUGAGUUGCUGUUCCACAUUGGCACCCAUUGGACAGGCCAGGGAGGUCCUAGUAUUCCUGGGGGACUCGCCCAUGGGCCGCCUUAUCUUACCCCAUCUCCACUCUCCAGAGUUGUUCCGAUUAAAUUUGCAUGACUUGGAUGAAUCCCUCCGACGCUUGUAUGGGAUGUUCAUGGCUCGUUUGGAUCCCAAUUGUCUCUUGGGCCUGAUUGAGUGCAAUCAAUCCCUUCAAGGUUUCACGUUUUUGGGCUGGACCCGGAACUUUCCGCUUGAUGGGGAGUUUGAUGAAGUGGAGCGAAUGGAUAAGCCCGUUUCUUGGGGUGAGAGCGAGUCCCUCGGGAGUGCUCUGGUGAGAGGAAGGGGAAAGUCCCAUCAUCUUUUGCUCCAAGAGGAACAAGCCAAUGGUCGCGAUGGACUGAGUGAGAUAAGGCUGGCUUUCAAACCCGACUCUGUCCAUCAACUUGCAUUUGAGGCCCUCCGACCACUUGAGGAGGUGGACAGCUACGUGCAAACCUUGUUGGAAGAAAGGCUCAUCUUGCUAUGUGGACCACAAUCAUCUGGCAAGACCUUUUUAGCCAUGCGUUUAUUAAAGGCCGGCUUGAAGAUCGCUUCAGGGAAGACAUCAUUGGUCUUGACAUCCGUCGUUUCAAUCGAUUGCGCUGAGCGACAAUUGGAAGGCCAAAGCCAGGAUAUUCUCUCGGAAAUUUUGACAGAAACUUCUCGGAACAAUGGCCAAAUGAGGGCCUUUUUGUUGGAAACAGUGGACUCGACUCUAGCCAAGCACUUGUUGGCACAAAAAGAGGCCAUAAUGAGGGGCAACAUUCUGGUCAUAGCCACGACCGAAAAAAAUGAGCAAGUGUUCCCAUCGGACAUGGCACAUCUAAGUCCAAUGUCAGGGUACUUGCCCCAAAUGGUCGGGUUCAUCUUACGGAAACGCUUGCUUGGCCAAGAGGUCCUUGAUGGAACUCUAGCUAACCCUGAGCUGAUGUCCGGGGUCACUUGGUUGGCCUUGGUGUGCAAGACUCUGCAUCAAAGGUCAUCGUGGGUCCCCAAGCUUCACAUUUUCCUAGAAUGCCCCUUAGAGGGUUCAAAACAAUUUAGGCAAUGGUUUGUCAAAACUUGGAACGCCAUCCUCGUUCACGAACUGAGAAGGACCCCGAAACUCCAAUUGGACGAGAAGGGUGAAGAUCCCGUCAAAUUCGUCAUUAGAACUUGGCCUUGGAAAGACGAGAGUGGCAGCUUACAACGUGACCUUCAAAGGGUCUUUGACGGUCGAUGUCGACCCAAUCGGACAUCUCGCCAAGUCGCCACGACUGAGGAACGGGUUAAGCCUGAUGGGGCAGAGGAUCCAUUGAUGAAUAUGUUGCUAUGCUUGCAACAAGCAACUCUGGAAACCAAUGGAAAGGCAAUUAACUCAUAAAUAAAGCCUUAAACCGCUUUCAGCUAACUCAUUAUUAAUCGGAGUCAUUGUUCCCUGCAUUCCAAUGAAAUUAAUCAUAUCCUUAUUUAUGUUACUUGCUCGUUCUAAAUUGAAGUCAAUAUAUUUAUAUUUCUGUCAAAA